AGCUGGCACGCAUCAAUUUUUUUCUGGUUAUUGUUCAUCACCUCGCCAAAAUUAUGUAGAAAUAGCUUCGGGUUGAAAUUGUACAGGGAAUAAGGAUUGCAACUGUGUCUGAGCUCAAACAAUGAUGUAUGACUGGUGCACGGACUACAGCUGCCACCUGUAGUGACCAGGGCAGCGACCAGGGCGGCCACCCUGAUCUUUCUUGUCGUGUUGCAGCUACUAGGUGGCCUCAGUCAGGUGCUAGAAGCCCGCACCACCAGCCUCUGCUUGUCGGGGCUUUUGGUAGCGGACGACGUAAAAAUCUCUAAGAGGAGCAGCUGCUGCAGCCGGGACGACCGCGCAUGAUCAACACAACAUUGACCACCCGGAGCUCGACUUUCUUGCACUAGACUACUUGUUUCUGCACGAAUUUUUUGAAACGCCGCCGCAAGAAUAGUCCUUGCGGUCUGAUGCAGCUGCAGGUCCUGAACGCGACGACCAUACUAACGCUUAGCUCCGCACGACAGUGGUGUAAUAUCGACGACAGCACCUUGAAGACUUCUUCUAGCGACUUCAAUUGCAGCACCUGCCCUUCAGCUCCUGCUCUAUUGCAGUUACCUCCGUGAACGCUGAAUCUGAGCAAGACGAUAGCAAAUUGGAAACACAAGUCAGCCUCUCAGCAAACAAUCGUAGGAAAGCGAAAGGCGGAAUGGGGUGGAUGAAAGAUACCUUCUGAAUCCAAAUUCAACAAAAAAAAGCCACUCAAACCACAUCGCCCCCGAGUGCGAUAUUUGCAUCCCUUUCCGGAAAGAGUAGUUGAGUUGUGUACAACGACAACGGCUCACAUCAACUGGUCUUCUGGUAGCGCAACAUCGCAGCUCCGCCGAUCCCCACGAGUAGAACGGUUUUUUUUGAAGACGGAAUUACAGUUAUCUAGCAGCACGUCGACGAGGAUAGAAUUUAGAGCACCCGCAGUGCAGCUGCAAGAGGAGCCCGUUCUCCUCACAUUCGCGAGCAGUUGUCGCUGAUUUUGUUGCUCUCCUCGCCGGAACAUCGAGACCACUAGAGCAUCAACCUGUACUAGCUGCGAAGACCACCACCAUGGCCGCCGCCGCCCCUCCCGCCGACGUACCGCCCGCGCCAGGUGGAGCAGCAGGCGGUCCUGUCGGAGGUGGACUCGCAGACCAAGUGGAGCUGGCUCCAAUAGCAGGAGCAGCAGCCCCCGCGGCAGCCCCUCCGGGAGCGGGAGGUGCAAACAACAACAAUAACAAUAACAACGCGAGAAAUAACAAUGCGAGAAAUAACAUGAACCGAAAUGCGAACCAGCACUCAACGGCGCAGAUGUUCGGAGAUUUUCCGCAUGAGUCUGCGAUUGUGAUGCGACGGGGCAUCGAAAUCGGGGUGGUGUGCUCCUACAUCCUAGUAGCGCAUUGCAUCUUAUCCGGGGGAGAAAAAGGGUGGUUGAGAGGAGAUGACCUGACUCUUGAGCGCUUGUCACGACUUCUUGUCCGAUACAAAAGAUGAUACUUCUGUAGUUCUACUUGUGCUAGCGCAUCACAGAUAAUAAAUUGGUGGUUCCUCUUUGCAAAAAAGACGGUGCUCAAGCGCAACACAGGACGGGCACAUCGUCUUCGGCUUUAUAUUUGGAAAGACGAGCAGCGUUCUGAAAAAGGACGACUUUGUCUUUGUCAUGCGAACAGUGGAGAACCCUACGCAGUUUAGAAGCGGACGAACUCUUACAGAGGAUCGUAACAAGCAAUGAGAAUCAUAUCAUUCUGAGAUCCAACUCUUUUUUCUGCUUGAUAAAUGCUGAUAACGGUAGAGCACUGGGACAGCGAAAUCGAGGUGGACACGCUGCUGCGGGGGUUCGCGGUACAAAGAAGUGCUAAAAAAUUGUUCAUUUUCAUAUGUACUACUUGCGAUAAUUGCAUCAGAAUCUCCUUUGGUACAUUCAACCGAGAAAGAUGACCACACAAGCACAGCAUCACGAUGACCACAUAGACAUAAUUCCACGGCGCAAGAAUUGAAAAGCAAAACAAAACAAGCUAAAGAUUCGUUUACAUUGAGCAAAAUGAAAAUUGAAAACACCACCACAGAUUCUCCGAAUCAUCUGUGCCAUGCCCCGGCCCUACUACUGGUUCCACACCCGCGCGGAAUUCAUAGAAGCACGGUACCAGCCGACGCCGCAGUUGGUCACGCGAAGGCUGCUCUACAUCUACAAUAAGCAAUCCAAAGUGGAGCGGAUUAUCCUAUGCAAAUACGUCCCCACCCCAUAGUCAAGAUCGGGAUUUGGCUACACAAAGCCGGCAUCUCUUGGCUGUCGCGCAUGACAAGUUUGGGCUCGCAGUGUCAUCGCGUUUAGCUAUUGUAGCUGCAUCACAAAUCGAUCCCCUUAUGCUGAUCAUAGCAUGACAGACUGCCAGACAGCAUUACAGAAUGCUUCUCAUGGGCCUCUGCAUGACAAACGUGCGAGGCUUGCAGGUUUGCAUGACAGCUAUGGGGUGGGGAGGUUUUUCCGCAGGAUACGCAUCUUUUUCGCCUUCUACUACGCCUGGCUGCUGGGUUAUGGAAGCGUCAGGACCGAAAUCGUCAAAGUUGAAAUAAUCUGUAAUGCAGAAAAGCGAUACAAGCUGAGGCCCAGUUUGCAAGUGGCGCAUGACAAAUUUUGGGAGCAUGGAAAUCCAAUUUGUCAUGCUGUUUGACCAGAGAAGACUCCUUUUGUCAUGCUGGUAUUUUAGCAGCUCUAUCUUCUUAAACCCCAAACAGGCUUAUAAUCGGCCUCACUUGCCUGCUCUGCAAGACAGGCCCUUUGCGUCUCGCAUUUUAUGCAUCACAAACUAUUUCAACUUUGACGAUUUCAAUUCUGACACUCUCAUAUGGGUAUAGCGAUGGUGACCCUCCUGAUGCCCACGUUGCCCGCCAUGGGGUAUUCGGCGGCACUGUGGCGCCACUGCGUGCUAAACGUCAUCUCGCUGAUCGUGCACCGAUUGCUCUGCGUCUCGCUCUUUUACUACUUGAUGCACUGCGAUCUGAUGCGGGGCAUACCGAAAGACGUCGUCAACAAGUAUUUUUUUAUGAUAAUGAUUUGGGUUUGGGAUUUAUGCAUGACAGAAGCCCGUGCCCGCUCUGAUGCGAAAAACUGCAUGCGAAAUUCAUCAUCACAUUAGGUACACCACCCGGUUCCUGUGGGAGACGCAAAUGCGGUUCACGGACCAGUUCAUGAGAUGGAGCGCAAAAGCAGUCGCUGCAGCUAGCGCGUCUUCAGACGAUAGUGGAACUACCAAGGCAGAGGAAAACAAGCAGGACGACGACGAGGCGGACUGCGCAAUAUGUUACGGGCCAUAUUCGAAAGGAGAAAAUAUACGCAGACUAAAAUGCGGUAUAGUUGGUUGCUUUUUUAUCAUGCUUAUCUACAAGAAAGAGAAGAAGAUCGGGAUGCUAAGUUUUUUUUUCUGCACAACAGAAGAUUUUUGUCUCGGCAACGUGUCUGGGGAGUUGUUCUGGAGCACGACAAGAAAAUCAUGCAGUCGGAUGUUAUUGAACGACACGACCAUCUCUUAGUUAAAUUAGAACAUCAAAAUCUGUCAGGUCACACGUUCCACGUCGCGUGUGUAGACCAGUGGCUCUUGGGGCACCAAAAUAAGUGCCCUCUCUGCGGGUUUGUCGUAGGGCCGCAUUUUAACCCAGACGACGACGCCAACGACGACGGCGGGGGAGUGCUGGAUGGCGGUGGAGGAUAGGCGGACCACCUCCUGCUGCUGCAGUCCUGCUCUCCACCUGUCUUGACUCACUACUUGUACGUACCCGAAAACGAAAUAUAAUCUUCUCGUCGCUUUGUCGGGCUUACGUUGCCGUAGACACGACCAGCUUCUGGCUCUGCUGUUGUAGUCUGUUGUAGUUUUCCGCCCAAUGGAACAUCUAGAGAAUAUGGCUCCAUAAAUUCUGAGUUGCGCUACUACUCAAAAAUACCGUAAAAAUCGCCCCUGCUCCUACUGUUUUCUUGCUAGUACUGCGAGUCCAUCCCCCCUCAACAUCCCCACGACCUCCCAAGCGACCCAUUAUUUAUCUUCAAGGUAACCUGCUCGGCGAAUUGCUUGCUUCUCGAAGAAGAACUUCUAUCAACGUUGCUUGUCGUCGCCCGUUUUAUCAGAGUUUCCAAAGGGUGCAAAUAAAUGCAGAUCUUUAGCAGCCGACGGCACUAGAAGUUACUACGUGACCACGAGGAGUUUUUUCUAGGGAAGAAAGUAAUUAGCUACAGUCGGCUAUUUUUUCAAAAUUCAAGGAAGUUGUUUUGAUCAUCUAGUGAAACGCAGGAGCAAAAGAAUUUUCCAACUCUCUGACUUACCAUUUUCACAACGACAACUCGUUUCCCUCCCCGCCUACCCCCCGUAAAUUAGAAUUACGCGACUUCAAGGAGCUACGCAUCGCACAACGAUGGAGCAGCUGCCCUGCCCCUGUCAAGUGAAGAUGACGAUGAGCUAGUAGUGCAGAAGUAGAAGUAGCUGUAUAUCACUUGCAGCUACGCAGGUGUAUUUGAUUGCAAACCCAAAGAGCAACGAAGUUGAACAGGGAAACAAGCCCAGCUGUGCAGGAGCUGCUGCUUUCAAAAUCCCAAAAAUGAUCACGGGAUCUGCUUCUGCACCUCGCAUUAACGGCAAUGCUGGAACGAGCUACACCCUAGAACGAAGACAGGAAGCGCAAGCAGUUGGAGUUAUGAGAGUUGUUGCGUGCGCCGCCGCCGCGACGAAAAGAACUCGUACCAGGAUAGUGCAACAAGCGACAAUCAUCUAGAUUGCUGCAUUUGAUGAUGAUAAGCAUCGAAAGUAAGCAAAAAUACAACGAAAGAAAUAACAGCUACCAGGCAAU